AAUUUGAAAUAUUUUUAAAAGACAAAUGAGACAGAAAAUAGCAUUAAUGGUCCUUAUGUUCACUUUCAUGCCAUCAUGUUUCAACACAGCAGAGAAUAUUAAUGGGAAGAAACAAAGUGAAGUGCUAUACCAUUUCUACAUGAGUAAGUUGAUGAAGAACAGUAAGAUAGACACAAGGCAUUUCAAUGCAACAAGCAUUGAUUUUGGUGAGGAGGAAAUUUAUCCACAAAAAGGGGUAAAAGAGAAUGACAGAAUACAGAGAUUGCCUGGACAGCCACAGGUUAAAUUCACGCAGUAUGGUGGAUAUGUAAACGUUAAUCGGAGGGCGGGGCGAGCUUUGUAUUACUACUUUGUAGAAGCCCACCACUCUCACAAGUCAUUGCCUCUUCUUCUUUGGCUCAAUGGAGGACCUGGUUGUUCUUCUCUUGGGUACGGAGCAAUGGAAGAAGUGGGGCCCUUCCGCGUUCACACUGAUGGCAAAACACUCUACCAUAACAACUUCUCAUGGAACCAUGCUGCGAAUAUGGUGUUCUUGGAGUCACCAGCAGGGGUUGGGUUCUCGUAUUCCAAGACGUGGGCAGAUUUGAUGAGGAAUGGAGACAGAAAUACAGCCAUUGACAACUAUAGUUUCUUGGUGAAUUGGUUGGAGAGAUUUGGAGAGUACAAAGAUAGAGAUUUGUAUAUUGCUGGGGAGAGUUAUGGUGGCCAUUACAUACCCCAAUUAGCACGCACCAUUCUCCACCACAACCAAAAGGCUAACAAGACAAUCAUCAACCUCAAGGGGCUUAUUAUUGGGAAUCCGACAUUGAACGAUGAGACAGAUGCAAAAGGGAUGUAUGAAUACUAUGAAAGCCAUGGCCUCAUUUCCAGACAGACUUUGAAUCGAGUUUUGAGACACUGUGAUUUUAGGGACAACAGCAGAGGGCUAUCAACACAAUGCCUGCUCGGCAUUCUUGAAUCCGAACGAGACACGGCAGCUCUCGACAUUUAUAAUAUUUAUGCUCCAACUUGCUCUACCACUUCGCCAACAAAUCAGGCAAUUAAUAUUGAUCCUUGCAUUGACCAAUAUGUGCAUAGAUACCUCAACAGGCCUGAGGUUCAAGAGGCCCUUCAUGCCAAUAUCACCAACAUUCCUUAUGAUUGGCAAGCAUGCAGCGAAGUCAUCAAAUGGCGAGACAGCCCCUCAACCAUCAUUCCUCUUCUCAAAGACUUCAUCGCCAGUGGUCUUCGAGUUUGGAUUUAUAGUGGGGAUGUGGAUGGAAGAGUACCAGUUACUUCAACAAAGCUUUCGAUUCAACUCAUGAAACUCAAUCCUACAACUCCAUGGCUCCCUUGGUACCUUCAUGAUCAGGUUGGUGGGUUUACACAAACAUACGAAGGAAAUUUGACAUUUGCAACAGUAAGAGGGGCAGGACAUGAAGUACCUAGUUAUCAACCUGCUCGAGCCCUUUUUCUUAUUAAGCAUUUUCUUGAGGGGAAAGACCUCCCUACUUCUACAAAUUUCACUCUAUUUUCUUCAUCUCAUACUUAGCUUUUAUAUAUUCAUGGUUUAUCUCAGUUCAAUAGGUACGUGACGUUCAUUUUUAUUUUAUUAAUUUUUUGGAUAGGAGAAACAAAUAUUUUAUUGUUGUCAUGUGACGACAAUGAUGAUUGAAAAUUUAGUUGAACCUAAUCUUGUCUUUUGAAGCUAACUUAAUUAAAUCAUUUCUUACAAUUAA